UAUAUGAACUAAAUCUGUCUGAGACUGAGAGGUUUGGUUUGGAUCACUCCCCAAUGCUGGCCUUCUCUCUUAGCCCUGUACCGUCCUGGCAUGUAAGCAUGGCAUUAUUGUCGUGCUUGUGCAGAGUGCGGACUUAAUCAAUGCCCUUGGAUAUUUCUCUGGUUUACAGGCUGAGAGGAGAGAGGGGAGAGAUGGUCAUACUCUUAGCAUGGGGUAGAGUAGGGAUAAAGACUCCUCUGUUUUCUGUUUUAUACUUACUAAAUGCACCCAAUGAAAACGGGUCAGAAGCUACUGCCGUUCCUGAGGAGAGCACUAAAUAAGCUUGAUCAAAAUGAAGGCACUACUCAUUGCUGCAAUUCUCUUGGUUGGGCUAUUGGCAAUGGGCAGCGAGGCCAUUCCAUCAAACCGCUGGUCCUGCUACAAGAAAGUCUUGAAGGGCAGGGACUGUCGCAAUGUUGGCAUCUCCAACGGAGUUGCGACCAUGCGACCCAUCGAUUCCCUGCAGAACCAUUUCUGGGAGGGGAACAAAUGCGACAUGGUGUGCUACUGUAACUUCAGUGAGCUCCUCUGCUGCCCAAGGGAUGUCUUCUUUGGACCCAAAAUCUCCUUUAUAAUUCCAUGCAAAACCAUCUGAGCCAUCAGUCGUUUGAAUGGACAGUGAACACAGACGGUGCAAUCUUCUGAAUUGAAACAAGAGUAAAGAGUAAAUGGGGCCAAGGGGGAUGGGCCCAUCCAUUCCGGACUACAGAAUUACAUGCAUUUCAUUCUUCACUUGGAGACAGCUACAACAACGACAAGUUCAAAAGGCUGGAGCUAAAACAAAAGCACAAGCUUUGAAGCUGGGAAAAAAAGAGGCCCAUCUUUCACAAUACUUGGGCCUACAAAUAAAAUGCAUAAUUUUCAGUCUCAAAUACAGCACCCAGUAUAUUUACUUUCUGUGAAGACAAUUCAAUAAAUGCAGCCCGUGUCCCUCCUUUGCCAAGGCUACAGUUCAACACUUGUAUAUCUGACUUGGCAGACCCUUCAUUUGGCAUUUGCAAUGAUGUGACACUCCCCAUUAUCUAUACCCAAACGUAAACAGAUCUCGCUAUUUGGCAAUAGUCGUAGUACAGUAAUACCACGAGUGUGCACAUCCCACAAAUAUAAUUCAAUAGUUAAUAGUAUGCCAUUCUUGAGAGACAUGGCAUUUUAUAUUCAAGGCUAUUAAAUGCCAUAAAUGUCAGCAGGAUCAUAAAAUGUGAUUUUGUGAUGAGCCUAUGAAGCAUGAUUUUACAUGGCUGAAACAAGUAGGCUGUACAACUGUAUUGUAAAUGUCUUUGCAAAAGGAUUAUAGUAUUGUGUGUGUCACUAGGCCUAACUAACUGUAAGGCGCUCUGGAUCAGAGCGUCUGCUAAAUGCCUAAAAUGUAAAUGCAAAAUGUGAAUAACAUAGCACUUACAGAUCACCUAGACCGGUGAAGCUGUUUAAACAAGUUGUUCUACUGCUCCAUGACAUCUCCCUGUACUUAUCCAAUGAUUUUAUGUCAAUUACAACACUGUAUAUGAGAAUAUUAAUAAACAGAUCGGUUUGAGUGUUA